CCGCGGGAGGGGGAUUGGCGGUCUCCAGGGCGACGGGAGGCGCUCGGGGCAUCCGAGGCGGGGAGGCGGGUCCGCCCCCUAUUGUGUAGCGGCGAGAGUGGAGCCGAGCGGUGCGGAGCAGAUCUGGUGGUUCUCCAGAGAGCAGCUUCCUUGGGUGUUACAUGAGCCAAGCCCUCACUGUACAGAAGAGAGAGAGCUGAAACCUGUUCCCUGAGCUGAUCAGAAGGACAUCCCUUGGCCCCUCCAUCUGGGCUCCUGUGGAUAGGAGGGGCUGGACGAGCAGGCCAGCUGGGCUAUGGUGUGGUGCCUUGGCCUGGCCGUCCUCAGCCUGGUCAUCAGCCAGGGGGCUGACGGUCGAGGGAAGCCUGAGGUGGUAUCGGUGGUGGGCCGGGCUGGAGAGAGUGUGGUGCUGGGCUGUGACCUGCUGCCCCCGGCCGGCCGGCCCCCCCUGCAUGUCAUCGAGUGGCUGCGCUUUGGAUUCCUGCUUCCCAUCUUCAUCCAGUUCGGCCUCUACUCUCCCCGAAUUGACGCUGAUUACGUGGGACGAGUCCGGCUGCAGAAGGGGGCCUCUCUCCAGAUUGAGGGUCUCCGGGUGGAAGACCAGGGCUGGUACGAGUGCCGCGUGUUCUUCCUGGACCAGCACAUCCCUGAAGAUGAUUUUGCUAACGGCUCCUGGGUGCAUCUGACAGUCAAUUCGCCCCCUCAAUUCCAGGAGACACCUCCUGCUGUGUUGGAAGUGCAGGAACUGGAGCCUGUGACCCUGCGUUGUGUGGCCCGUGGCAGCCCCCUGCCUCGUGUGACGUGGAAGCUCCGAGGAAAGGACCUUGGCCAGGGCCAGGGCCAGGUGCAAGUGCAGAACGGGACGCUGCGGAUCCGCCGGGUAGAGCGAGGCAGCUCUGGGGUCUACACCUGCCAAGCCUCCAGCACUGAGGGCAGCGCCACCCACGCCACCCAGCUGCUAGUGCUAGGACCCCCAGUCAUCGUGGUGCCCCCCAAGAACAGCACAGUCAAUGCCUCCCAGGAUGUUUCCUUGGCCUGCCAUGCUGAGGCAUACCCCGCUAACCUCACCUACAGCUGGUUCCAGGACAACAUCAACGUCUUCCACAUUAGCCGCCUGCAGCCCCGGGUGCGGAUCCUGGUGGACGGGAGCCUGCGGCUGCAGGCCACCCAGCCUGAUGAUGCCGGCUGCUAUACCUGUGUGCCCAGCAAUGGCCUUCUGCAUCCACCCUCAGCCUCUGCCUACCUCACUGUGCUCUACCCAGCCCAGGUGACAGCUAUGCCUCCUGAGACACCCCUGCCCAUAGGCAUGCCGGGGGCGAUCCGCUGCCCGGUUCGUGCCAACCCCCCACUGCUCUUUGUCAGCUGGACCAAGGAUGGAAAGGCCCUGCAGCUGGACAAGUUCCCUGGCUGGUCCCAGGGCACAGAAGGCUCACUGAUCAUCGCCCUGGGGAACGAAGAUGCCCUGGGAGAAUACUCCUGCACCCCCUACAACAGUCUUGGUACCGCUGGGCCCUCUCCUGUGACCCGCGUGCUGCUCAAGCUCUGGGAGGAAGAAUGUUCUGCAGAGGUUUGUACAUCUCUGAGAGUCCUGCCUAAGCCUGCCAGCCCUUACUACACCACCAUUUUCCUCCAGCCCCUACCCACUGGGGAACAGAAACAGAGCCAGAGAGGAAUUGAGAGAUGGAGAGAGAAUGAGGUGGAGACAGGCUUGGCUCCCCCAGCUUUUAUAGAGCUGCCCAAGGAAGAAUAUUUCCAAGAAGUAGGGCGGGAGCUGCUCAUCCCCUGCUCCGCCCAAGGGGACCCUCCUCCUGUCAUCUCUUGGGCCAAGGUGGGCCGGGGGCUGCAAGGCCAGGCCCAGGUGGACAGCAACAGUAGCCUCAUCCUGCGACCAUUGACCAAGGAGGCCCACGGGCGCUGGGAAUGCAGUGCCAGCAACGCUGUGGCCCGAGUGGCCACCUCCACGAAUAUCUACGUGCUGGGCACUAGCCCUCAUGUUGUCACCAAUGUGUCCGUGGUGCCUUUGCCCAAGGGUGCCAAUGUCUCCUGGGAGCCUGGCUUUGAUGGUGGCUAUCUGCAGAGAUUCAGUGUCUGGUACACCCCACUGGCCAAGCGUCCUGACCGAAUGCACCAUGACUGGGUGUCCUUGGCAGUGCCUGUGGGGGCUGCUCACCUCCUAGUGCCAGGGCUGCAGCCCCACACCCAGUACCAGUUCAGCGUGCUAGCUCAGAACAAGCUGGGGAGUGGUCCCUUCAGCGAAAUCGUCUUGUCUGCUCCUGAAGGGCUUCCUACCACGCCAGCUGCACCCAGGCUUCCCCCAACAGAGAUACCGCCUCCCCUGUCCCCUCCGCGGGGUCUGGUGGCAGUGAGGACACCCCGGGGGGUACUCCUGCAUUGGGAUCCCCCAGAGCUGGUCCCUAAGAGACUGGAUGGCUACGUCUUGGAAGGCCGGCAAGGCUCCCAGGGCUGGGAGGUGCUGGACCCGGCUGUGGCAGGCACAGAAACAGAGCUGCUGGUGCCAGGCCUCAUCAAGGAUGUUCUCUACGAGUUCCGCCUCGUGGCCUUCGCGGGCAGCUUCGUCAGCGACCCCAGCAACACGGCCAACGUCUCCACUUCCGGUCUGGAGGUCUACCCUUCGCGCACGCAGCUGCCGGGCCUCCUGCCCCAGCCCGUGCUGGCCGGCGUGGUGGGCGGAGUCUGCUUUCUGGGCGUGGCCGUCCUUGUGAGCAUCCUGGCCGCCUGCCUCAUGAACCGGCGCAGGGCUGCCCGCCGCCGCCGCCGCAAGCGCCUCCGCCAAGAUCCACCUCUUAUCUUCUCUCCGACCGGGAAGUCAGCUGCACCCUCUGCUCUGGGCUCAGGCAGUCCUGACAGCGUGGCGAAGCUGAAGCUCCAGGGAUCCCCAGUCCCCAGCCUGCGCCAGAGUCUGCUCUGGGGGGAUCCUGCCGGAACUCCCAGCCACCACCCAGAUCCUCCAUCUAGCCGGGGACCCUUACCCCUGGAGCCCAUUUGCCGGGGCCCAGACGGGCGCUUUGUGAUGGGGCCCACUGUGGUGGCCCCCCAGGAAAGGUCAGGCCCAGAGCAGGCAGAACCUCGGACUCCAGCCCAGCGUCUGGCCCGGUCCUUUGACUGUAGCAGUAGCAGCCCCAGUGGGGCACCCCAGCCCCUCUGCAUUGAAGACAUCAGCCCUGUGGCACCCCCUCCAGCAGCCCCACCCAGUCCCUUGCCAGGUCCCGGACCCCUGCUCCAGUACCUAAGCCUGCCCUUCUUCCGAGAGAUGAAUGUGGAUGGGGACUGGCCCCCUCUUGAGGAGCCCAACCCUGCUGCACCCCCAGAUUACAUGGAUACCCGGCGCUGUCCCACCUCAUCUUUCUUUCGUUCUCCAGACACCCCUCCUGUGUCCCCCAGGGAAUCACUUCCUGGGGCUGUGGUAGGGGCUGGGGCCACUGCAGAGCCCCCUUACACAGCCCUGGCUGACUGGACACUGAGGGAGCGGCUGCUGCCAGGCCUUCUCCCUGCUGCCCCUCGAGGCAGCCUCACCAGCCAGAGCAGCGGGCGAGGCAGCGCUUCGUUCCUGCGGCCCCCCUCCACAGCCCCCUCUGCAGGAGGCAGCUACCUCAGCCCUGCUCCAGGAGACACCAGCAGCUGGGCCAGUGGCCCUGAGAGAUGGCCCCGAAGGGAGCAUGUGGUGACAGUCAGCAAGAGGAGGAACACAUCUGUGGACGAGAACUAUGAGUGGGACUCAGAAUUCCCUGGGGACAUGGAAUUGCUGGAGACUUUGCACCUGGGCUUGGCCAGCUCCCAGCUCAGACCUGAAGCUGAGCCAGAGCUAGGUGUGAAGACUCCAGAGGAGGGCUGCCUCCUGAACACUGCCCAUGUUACUGGCCCUGAGGCCCGCUGUGCUGCCCUUCGGGAGGAAUUCCUGGCCUUCCGCCGCCGCCGAGAUGCUACUAGGGCUCGGCUACCAGCCUAUCGACAGCCAGUCCCCCACCCCGAACAGGCCACUCUGCUGUGAACAUCCCUAAUGUGAGGCUGGGAAAAGGCAUAUGGACCUGCAAAGGAGGCCCCCGACCAGACAGACCUAGUUUCAAACUAGGGCACUGCCCCUGCCUGCCCCUUUGGUGCCCAGGCACAGACCCUGAUAGUGGGCUUGGGUCACCUUGGUAUGGAAUGUAUGUGCUGACUCCCUAGGUGAGUCUGGGGAUUGGAACAGGGAUCUUAGGUCUGCCUCUCUCUCUCUCUCUCUCUCUCUCUCUCUCUCUCUCUCUCUCUGUGUGUGUGUGUGUGUGUGUGUGUGUGUGUCUGUGUGUGUGAAGUUUUUUACAGGUGAAUAAACAAAGUUUGAAAG